AUGUCCAUCCCUGAAGGAGUGUACACGGACAGCUCUGAGGACAGCAUCGCGAUCUCCAUCACCAAAGGACCUUACAACGACAGUGCAGAGGACAGAAUCUCAAUCUCCAUUCCUCAUGGACCAGACAUGGACAGCUCCGAGGACAGCAUCGCGAUUUCCAUCUCUCAUGGACCAUACAGCGAGAGUACAGAGGACAGCAUCUCAAUCUCCAUCCCUGAUGGACUGGACAUGGACAGCUCCGAGGAGAGCAUCGCGGUCUCCAUCCCCAAAGGACCUUUCAGGGAUAGUGCAGAGGAUAGCGUCUCAAUCUCCAUCCCUGAUGGACUGGACACGGACAGCUCUGAGGAGAGUAUCGCGAUUUCCACCUCUGAUGGACUGUACAGUGACAGUACAGAGGACAGCAUCUCAAUCUUCAUCCCUGAUGGACUAGACAUGGACAGCUCCGAGGACAGCGUCGCGAUUUCCAUCUCUCAUGGACCGUACAGCGAGAGUACAGAGGACAGCGUCUCAAUCUCCAUCCCUGAUGGACUGAACACAGACAGCUCUGAGGACAGCAUCGCGGUCUCCAUCCCCAAAGGACCUUACAGGGGUAGUGCAGAGGAUAGCGUCUCAAUCUCCAUCCCUGAUGGACUAGACACAGACAGCUCCGAGGACAGCAUCGCGAUCGCCAUCUCCGAUGGACUAUACAGCGACAGUGCAGAGGACAGCUUCUCAAUCACCAUCCCUGAUGGACUGGACACGGACAUCUCCGAGGACAGCAUUGCGUUCUCCAUCUCCCAAGGACCUUACAGGGAUGGUGCAGAGGAUAGUGUCUCAACAUCCAUCCCUAUAGGAGUGUACAUGAACAGCUCCGAGGAAAGCAUCGCGAUUUCCAUCCCCAAAGGACCUUACAUCGACAGUGCAGAGGACAGCGUCUCAAUCUCCAUUCCUCAUGGACCAGACAUGGACAGCUCCGAGGACAGCAUCGCGAUUUCCAUCUCUCAUGGAACGUACAUCGAGAGUACAUAG